AUGUUUUUCUUGUUCCUGGCGCAUGUUUUCUCGCAGACCUUGUUCUAUCUGGAUGAUAACAGGUCGGUGGAAAGUGCUCUGAGGCUGAACGGACAGACCGUGGUUCUCAUGCAGGCAAAGCUGUUCCACAGGGCAUCGCCCAGCCAGCCGUGGAGAGAGGCAAAGGGAAUCAAUGCCGGGACAAGGCUCAGCAUAUACAAGUCCGAUGGGGACUACAAAAGUGCUGAUCCCGACCCAAAAAACCUGAUUUUCAAGGAUGUGAAGCACGAGAUGUUUAGCACGUUCUUCUAUACGACGCCGGAAACAGGGUACUAUACCAUGGUGUUCUCUCUGGACACGGAUGUUAGGGGAGAGCUGGCGUUCGGACUCACUAUCUACGAAGGGCGCCCGUGGACCCCAGAGAUUGUCUCCGGGACGGAUUACCAGAUGGAAUGGCUGACGAAGAAGAUGGGAGAUCUGCUGUAUGUUUCGAAGAACAACUUCGAUCUGCAGAAGCUGGACGACUGGGACGAGGUGGAGUACACAGGGCUAUACAACAGCAUCUUCAAGCUUAUCAACAGAAUAGUGCUCCUCAAGAUAGCCACGAUAUUUGCUACCCUGCUGUACAUCAAUAGGAAGACAAAGGAGUUCUAUAUAUCCAAGAAGAUAGUGAAGAAAUAA